GAACUGUUUUCAAAAAAUCCACUCCAAUGGUUUAUGGUUUCAACUUCCCUUUACAGAUUGAGAGGGGAGAAGAUCCUUCAAAGUACAUCGAGACCUACAAAAUUGGCUUGUGUGAAGGCGAUGUUAUUGUGACUGCAACCGAUGGCCUAUUCGACAAUCUAUAUGACCAAGAAAUAGUAGCCAUUGUGUCCAAAUCUCUGCAAGCAAGUCUGAAGCCAAGGGAGAUUGCAGAAUACCUGGCGACGAGGGCACAGGAAGUAGGGAGAUCAGCAUCGGCCAGGAGUCCAUUUGUAGAUGCAGCUCUUGUAUCUGGAUAUCCUACGUUCACAGGAGCCAAAAAAUCGGCUGGCCAUGGAUCGAUCAGCUAG